AUGAAAUCCUUCAUCGUAGCGUGCGCGCUGGUGGCCUGCGCCCUGGCCGGCUCCGACAGCGAGAAGCGCGACAAGAGAGGCUACCUGAGCGGCGGGCUCGGCGGCUACAGCGGCGGCUACAGCGGCGGCUACAGCGGCGGCUACAGCGGCGGGCUCGGCGGCGGCGGCGGCUACAGUGGCGGAUACGGUGGCGGAUACGGCGGCGGUAUCGGAGGCUACUCCGGAGGAUACUCCGCCCCCGCUGCUCAAGUCGUCACUGUCAACAAGGUUGUCAACAGCGCCCGCGUCGUCGACGUCCCACAGGUUAUCAAUGUACGCAAAGUCGUCUCCGUGCCCCAAGUGGUGUCAGUGAACAAGCUGGUCGCCGCACCCAGCUACAGCAGCGGCUACAGCAGCGGCCUGGGCUACAGUGGUCUCGGCGGUGGCUACAGCGGCGGCUACGGCGGCGGGUACGGCGGUGGCUACAGCGGCGGCUACGGCAGCGGCUACGGCUCGGGAUACUCCAGCGGCUGGUGGUGAACAAGAACAAACUAGAAACCUCAAAGCAUCUGUGAUUUUUUCCUUUUUUUAAGUUUAUUUUAGUU